GUGAAUCUGAAAUUUGCUUUCUUCUCACAGAGAACCCUAAAACCAUUUCCGCGGCGGCGUUUCUCGGAAUCAAUGGCGAGUCUCCGAAGAGUCCUGCUCAACGUAACUUCCUAUUGCCAACGUUCUCUCACUCAAUCGUCGUAUUCUACGUCGGGGAUGUUAUCCCGAUCGGUGGUCAAGCAUGCGAACAAUCUCGGUCAAAUUCAAGCUAGACAUUUCACGACAACGCUUAUGAAAUCGGGACCAAAGCAUAGUGGUACAGAGCAAGGCGUGAAGCGAAACAGUGCAGAUCACAGACGUAGAUUGCUCGCGGCUAGAUUUGAACUGAGAAGAAAGCUAUACAAAGCGUUUUGCAAAGAUCCAGAUCUUCCCAGCGAAAUGCGAGACAAGAAUCGUUAUAAGCUCUCGAAAUUGCCGAGAAACAGUGCCUUUGCGAGAAUCAGGAACAGAUGUGUGUUCACUGGUCGAUCUCGUUCUGUGACUGAGCUGUUCCGUGUUUCUCGAAUCGUUUUCCGUGGAUUAGCAUCUAAAGGUGCUUUGAUGGGGAUAACGAAAUCGUCUUGGUAGCUGCAUUAUGUGACUGAUCUAUGGAAGAAGCUGAUUCUGAAGAAAUGGGAGCAAGGAAUACAAAGAACGUUUGUGGUAAAUACAGUUACCAAAGUAGCUGUUUGUAUGAUGGUGGUGGAAACAUUUUGACACCAUCACAAAACUUAGUUUGCUUUUCACUAGUGAUGCUCUCUCUUUGUUUUACGAUCUUGCUCAGCUAUUCUAGCAAUUCUCGUUGAAUAAGUUAUACAAAGUCACAAAUCUUGCUUCUUUUUUAUGAUCUCGAUUUUGUAGUUUAUUGUAGCAAUUGUGGUUGAAUUAAGUAUGUUAUAGACAACUCAUAGAGUCAUAGACUUGGUGUCUGAUGCAUUGUUAAGUAGACGGUUAUAAGCAAGCAGCUUAGGAGCAAUUUAGAUGGGACUUUUAUGCUGAGGAAGUAGG